CGCAAACAGUAACUAUUAUAUAAACAGUAAUAUGAACUUGGGAACUGAUGAUCUUAAAAAACUUUUGUGUGUUUCUGCCGAUGGUAGUAAAGAUGCAUUGGAAAACGAAGAAGACGACAGAGUGUCUUAUUCUAAGGACACGCUGAUUAUUUUAUCCAAUAAUGCGACUUGCACCAAAUGCCCGGAUUUCUUAUCUUCGAAUCACUUUAGCGAUAAUGGGCGAUGGGAUCCGGAAUUGUGGAUUCAAUCUUUUUCACCGUCCCAUUCUAAUCCAGAAUCCAGACCACAAGAUAUGAAGAGGUUCGAUGGCAAUGGGACGAGGGAAGACAGUAAUGUGGUCCUCGGACCUCAGAGAAGGAGCUUCCAGGGAGGUUGCCAUGUAUCUUGGAAGCAGGGAUCGGGAUUCAGUAGAUCAACAUCCACAAAGAUCCCGGAUCGAAAAGUUCUGCGUCAGCAAAGUCAAGAGCGCGAGAAUCCACAUCCACAACUGAAAAGAUUUCAUUCUUUGGAACAUUCAGAAAGAGAUAGGGGUACCAGGGAUCAGGAAAAUCGCGGCGGGGGUCGUAACAAUCGUGACAACGAGAGUUGGUCGUUUGAUAAAAGUGAUCACUUCAGAAAACCGCGGCAACCUGAUUAUAAAAAGUACCAAGUGCCUGUUGCUAGGAAUUUUUCAAAGAAAUCCGACUUUAUGUACACGGAUAUAGAGGAAGAACCUGAAUGGAUAAGUUAUGGACCUAAGUCCCAGUUUGACACCAUAGAGUUGGCAGGAUUUGAGGAACCAGAUGACUUCAGUUGGAUGGGAGGAAAGAUACCCAUGGAUGACGUGCCGGAGAGAAAGAAAAAAGAAACAAAAAAUGAAAAACAUGAUUCUCCCAUUGAAGAACCACUGGAGCAUAACGGGAAUGCCACAGGUGAAACUGGAAGCGAAAAUGAAAACGUGACGACUUCGGAAAUAAAAUCUGUGACGGUGAAUGCACUUGAAGAGAGCAAAGCUGAGAUUGAGAAAUCCAAGCAGGAGACCGAAGCGAGUGAAAAUGCGGACAAAAGUUCAAAAAGUCGAUUCAGCAGAUGGUUUAGCACAACUCCUGACGAAGAGAAGUCCAAACUGGAAACACUAGACAUUCCUCAAGCAAACUCCGAAUCUCAAAAUCAAAAAGAACCAGGAAAAGUCCAUUCUGCCCCUAACUUGAAAGCAUUAGCUGAAGCAUCAACUACCAGUGUUCCAAACCUGACCAGACCAGUUAUAUCCACUUCCCAACCAGUUCAAACCAGUUCAGGGCCUGCUUCUGGAUCAAGAUCAUCAGAUAUACAUAGCACUGAUGCUUUUAAUCGACUCAUUGCUUCAUUGAGGCAGUCGGACAAAGAAAAGGAACAAAUCCAGCAAAGGAACCAACAAAUACAAGCGCUCCAAUCUAUUAUGAAAACAACUCAAUUAAGGACUAAAGACAAUUGUUACAAUGUGUCUUCUAUUGAGGAACCUGAUUCAUUCGCGCAAGAUACAUCACAAACUAGUUUGUUGAAGAAACAACUGGAAAAACAGAAAGACGCAUACCAUCAAAAACUAAGACAAAUGGAACAAUCACAGAACAGAAGCCCAAUCAUGUUUCCUGGACAAGAAAGUCAGGACACCAAGCAAGCAAUGGGAGAGAAUUUCUACAAAACUCAUAACGACGUUAACCACGAACGUGCUGCUGCUACUGCUUCCCUUAAAGCUAAGUUAGCUGGAAAGUCAACAAAAGAAGAAAAUCUUUUGCAAUCUGGGCUUGGGGAUCGAAUAACCUCCCAAAAUAUUGACUUAACGCCACCAAUGCAGGAAAUGGCUUCUGCAAGUUCGUUCGGCGAUAAAAAACUCUCCAUCGAAGAAAAUUUGAUGAAGCUAAAGCGACUGCAGUCCGCCCCUGCUGGAUUACAGAACGAAAAGUUACAAAAACAAUUUCCUCUGCCCAGUGGCCCGAAUAAUUCAGUGAAAAACACUUUGCACCAGCAUGAAAGUGCGUUGUUAAUAGCCCAGAUGUUAGCUAAGGCUGGGGUAACGGAAGAGCAGUUGAAACAACUCACGAUCGAACAGCAGGAGCUCGUUAUUGCAAUGGUGCAGAACCAUUACUCGCAAAAAGAAAUCGGUAAAAUGAUGAACCUGGAUAAACGCAGUAACCCGAAGUUGCUCGAAGCGCAAAAAAGCAGCGGUAACAAUCGAAUGCCGUCAAACACCAUUAACAACCUUGCGAUGAACAAUGCAGGACUACGGGACUCCAGAUCCAGCACCACGGCACCAAAUCUCCUUGCUUAUAUAAACGAUAAGCGAACUGCAUCCCAAGACACUCGUUCUGUCCCUUCUACUAACUACAAUCAUGUCCAAACCCUUUCCCAGCAGCGUCUUCUACAGCAAGGUAUCCAACAGUAUCCGAUUGUCCUCCCCCAUUUAAUGGCGCCCCCUAUCCUGCCCCAAACCAUGGCUGCCCAACACCUAAUGCAUUCCAGUCCCACCCCUAUCCACGCCCACCCUGCUAUGGUAAUGCAUAUGCAGCAGUUGUAUGCAUCACAGCUGGCCCAACAACACCAGCAACAGCAACAAGCAGCUGUAUUGGCCGCAUUACAGCAGCAACAACUAGCAACACACGCACAGCCUGAUAUGUCCAAGUUACAACAGAGUAUUCAGAACUUAAGAAUGGGGGCCUCCAGACCUAUUUCAUCCACCAUUGACCCGAACGAUCGCAGCCAUUUCACCAACCCAUUAAGCCAAUGGUUCAGCAGAGACGUGUUGCAACAAUCCCAUUUUCCCCCCGUAACCCAACUCACAGGCCAGCAUAAUCUUAAUAAUUACCCUGGUUCUGGUAACGCUAAUGGAAAGCACUAACACUGCUCAUUUUGUUUCAUUUUUUUGCCAUUUUUUCGUUUCAGCUCUCUCUUGGUGUACAUAUUUCUAUUUUUUCUUUCACGCUCUUCUUUUUUUGCAAACUGUUCUAAGCGUUUAAUGGUAUUACUGGCUUAAAAAAACUGAAGUUCAUAGCUUGACUAAAUCCGUAUAGUGUCUCUGGUGCUGUCGAAAUCACAGCGGAGAUUUUUCAGCGUAUUGCAUUGUACUGUAUGGGUGUUGUACACUAAAUAUGUGUAUAGUGAAGUGUGCAUGUGCGUCAAAAUAAAAUUCAUGCUACCGUCUGUAC